AUGACCACCACCACCACCACCACCGACUCAACCUCCCAAUGGAACUCUCGCUUAAGAGAGCUCGCCAAGCACCACCUCUUCUCCGAAGCUCUCACUCUCUACCGCCAAACGCUCCGAUUCGGCCACCCAUCCAACGCUUUCACUUUCCCCUUCGCUCUCAAAUCCUGCGCCGCCCUCUCCCUCCCUCUCACCGCUUCACUCCUCCAUUCCCACGUUGUCAAAACCGGGUACUGCAAACUCUGCUUGACCGAUGACGCACGCAAGUGUUCGAUAAGUCCACACUGGAGGAAGCUGACUGUUUGCUACAAUGCUUUGAUUUCUGGUAUCGAAUUAGAAGAUUCUGAUGCGGUUUUGUUGUUCCGGAGAAUGAGGGAGGAGGUUGUGGAGGUUAAUUCGGUGACCAUGUUGGGUUUGAUCCCGGGGUGUGCUCCGGUGCAUUUGAGACUUGGGAAGUGCCUGCAUGGUUAUGGUGUGAAGUGUGGUUUCGACGUUGAUUAUAUGUCUGUGUGGAAUUGUUUGCUUACGAUGUAUGUGAAGUGUGGGUCGAUUGAUGAUUCGAGGAAGAUCUUUGAUGCGAUGCCUGAAAAGGGUUUGAUUACUUGGAAUGCAAUGAUUUCCAGGUAUGCACAAAAUGGGCAUGCUACUCAUGUUUUGAGCCUGUAUAGGGAGAUGGAAGCUUGUGGUGUUCGUCCUGACCCGGUGACGCUUGUUGGUGUUUUAUCAUCGUGUACUCAUCUUGGUGCGCACGGUGUCGGACGUGAGGUAGAAAGACAGAUGGAGUCUAGUGGAUUUGGUUCCAAUCCGUACUUGAAAAAUGCUCUGAUUAAUAUGUAUGCUAGGUGUGGUAAUUUGGUGAAGGCUCAUGCUAUUUUUGAUCUCAUGCCUGAGAAAAGCUUAGUUUCUUGGACGGCGAUUAUUGGAGGGUAUGGGAUGCAUGGACACGGAGAAGUUGCAUUGGAGCUCUUUGAGGAAAUGAUCGCAACUGGAAUCAGACCUGACAAAGCCGUGUUUGUGACGGUUUUAUCUGCCUGUAGCCAUGCAGGAUUGACUGAUGAGGGACUGGACUGUUUUGCUGCUAUGGAGAAAAACUAUGGGUUGCAGCCUGGUCCGGAGUAUUAUUCUUGCAUGGUGGAUCUUUUAGGACGUGCAGGUCGGCUCAAAGAAGCGAAAGUGCUAAUUGACUCAAUGCAGGUUAAGCCUGAUGGUGGAGUAUGGGGAUCCCUCUUGGGUGCUUGUAAGAUACAUAAAAAUGUAGAACUAGCAGAGAUAGUUUUUGAACGUGUCAUCGAGUUAGAACCAACUAAUAGUGGUUAUUAUGUGUUAAUGUCAAAUAUAUACUCCGAUGCAAAGAAUUUAAAAGGGGUUUUAAAGGUUCGAGUUAUGAUGAAAGAGCGGCAUCUAAGAAAGGAACCAGGUUGUAGCUAUGUUGAUCGAAAGGAAGUGUUCAUGUUCUUGGCUGGGGACAGAAGCCAUUGUCAGACAGAAAAUAUAUACAGCAUAUUGGAUGAGUUAGAAAAUUUAACCUGGGAACCUGGGGUGUCCAAUGAGGAUGAUGAAGAAAGAAACAAAGAGGAAAAAAUUGGUGCUAAUGUUCACAGUGAAAAGCUGGCAAUCGCAUUUGGGCUCUUGAACACUGAACCAGGGUUUGACGUAGUGAUAGAGAACCUGAGGGUGUGUGAACACUGUCACUUGUUCAUCAAGUCGAUUAGCAAACUUGUGGAUCGUCAGUUUUUGGUCAGAGAUGCCACUCGUUUUCACCAUUUCAGAAAUGGGAUUUGUUCAUGUAAAGACUACUGGUGAAAAACGUUGAAGGCUUCU